GAGGUGAGGACCGGACAGUCAAGGACGAGCGGAGGUCAGUUGGGCUUCGGAGAGCCACGGUGGACGGGACGGCCCCACCUCCAGCCCCAGCCCCGGGCGGAAGAGGAUGGCGGGGUCGGGCCUCCUCGGCCCGGCCCUGACGCUGGCCACCUUGCUGGCGGCGGCGGGGGCCCUGCCGGACCUGGAGAACGGGACGCGGAUUUGCCAGCCGGCCCCGCGGUGGACGGUGAACGGGGUGGCCCCCAUGGAGGGCACCGAGGGCCAGGUCAUCGUGGUGGCCCUCCUGAAGGCCAGCUGACACUUCUGCCUCAAGCAAGCUGCCAGCCUCGCGGGGUUGCGGGAGCGCCUGGCCGGCCACGGGGCCGGGAACGUCAGCUUCCUCAUCGUCAACCAACGGGAUCCCACCGCCCAGCUGCUGCACACGGAGUUGGAGCGCCACGCUCCCCCCGGGGUGCCCGUCUACGCCCAGGAUGGCCCCGACCCAGACGUCUGGAGCGUCCUGGGCGGUGACAAGGACGACUUCUUUGUCUACGACAGGUGCGGCCGCCUCACCUUCCACAUCCAGCUGCCCUUCAGCUUCCUGCACUUCCCCUACGUGGAGGCCGCGGUGCGCUUCACCCACCGGCGUGACUUCUGCGGCAACUGUUCCUACUACUUCCCGCAGGUGAACGACACAACCACGCAGGAGUCGGAGCUGGAGAAGUCGCCCGGCGCCCCCGGGGAAGAGCCAGAGGGAUCCCCGGUCCGGGAGCCCGACAGGCCCCAGUCUCAGGACCCUACGGGCCCCUUCUCCGGGGUCCUCCUCCAGGGCAAGGAGAACAAAAUCAUCCCUUGGAAGACGCCCCUCCAGGCUGCCCCCCGGAAGCCUUCCCAUCCCCCCGGGGCCCACGACUAGGCUUGGAGGAGUCUCCGGAGCUCCCCGGCCUCCCCUCACCCGCUGUGCCCGGCCCCGGCCCCCACCGCUGCUCCUCAUCCUGGGCUCGGGCUCCUCCCGGGCUCCUUCCCACCUGUCUCUCCGCCGAGGGUGAGCCCUCCCUCGACUCCCGCUCCCGCCUCGCACUCAUGACGUCCACGGUGUCAACCGGCCCGCCGGGCACCGUGGACUGACGCCGGUCGAGGCGGAGGGGUGGAAGAAGAGGGCAGAGCUCUGGCUUGCGGCGGCCGUAUCCCCCCUCCACCAUCUCAUUCAUUCAGUAGUUUUUAUUGAGCGCUUCCUAGGUGCAGAGCACUGUACUGAGCGCUUGGAAUGGACGAUCUCGGCCGGGUCCCACCACCAGAGGUCGCCUUAGGCCGAGGAGCAUGAUGGGAAUGGGGUGGGAGCAAGGGCCCGGUCUAUGGGAGAUGGGCAAUAAAUUUCUCCGCCGCACA